AUGCCUCCCCGAAGCUCGUUGACCAGCUCUUUCUCGGUCACCGAUGCCAACAAUGAGGUCGUCUGUCCUUUGAAGAAUAAUGAUGGUUCCAAUUGUCGCAAGCGAUGCUUGGGAGAAAAGCGUUAUCGCUCCAUGCAGGAGCACAUCAGACGUGCGCAUCCGAAUCACUACAUCCCGAAGCUCCCGGCUACUGAAGAGAGCUUCCUUUUGAUGGUCAACACUCCACCGGAGCAAAGGGUUCAUCUAUCUCCGCCAGACCCUGCUCCACUGCGACGUCGACAUGAUGUGGCGGAUAGGGACAUUUACGUUGCUGACGCCAGCUCCCCGGCCACGCCGAGAGCUCUCGAUGAACCACAUCCUGCUGCGGCCACUGCUGCUGUUGCUUUGGCACAAUUGCAUCACCAUCGCCUAGCUUCUGACUGGGACACAGACAUGGACGCUCAUUCCGAUACCGAUAUUACUCAGGGUCACAUGCGAUCGUCUAUUGAACUACCGUCGCUUCGCGACCACUUCAAACAAGAAUCCCUGCCUCCGUUUUCGGCGCGCCCGCGGGGCCUUCUUCCGUCCAUCUUGAAUCAUUCGCCGCCCGGUCGCUCAUCUACCUUACCCCCCAUUCAACGCAAAGACAAGCUUUCUCGUCCGCGCAAAUCGUCCAUCACGCAAUCGGCCCGGAAACCCAAGCAUGAUCGCCAAAAGUCGAAGGAGUUUGGUCGCCGUCCCAGUCUGGGCGACCGUAAGGCAUUGUCGGCAGAACCUCAAACGGCGGCCUGGGCGCAAGGCAAGCGCUGGGAAGAUUUAAUAGAAGCGGCAACGUCGGCUACGGAAGCUGAUGAUGAACGGCACUCUGAGGCUGGUCGAUCUCCAACGAUUGCCCCGCUGCUCGCCAAUGUCACAUCAGCACCAUCUGGUCUCAAAAGUCGGUCCUCACUACCGCCGGCUUUCCAGUCUGGACCCCUUCCACCUCUGGGGUCGCACAGGGCCUUCCCACCUCAUUAUGCUGCUUCGCCUCUGCACAAGUCACUUACCCCGCCACCAUUUGAGGGGCCCCGCAGCCGCGACAGUGACAUGGAACCGUUUCCAUCGAUUGAAUCAUCGCUUGACUCCAUGUCCACGGCAUCUGGAAAGAAUUACCCCUCGUCAGCAUCCAACAUGGCUCACUCGGUGAACUCGGAUACCAGUCCCGUACUGAAUCUUAUUCCGCCCAUUUCCCAGCGCCAGCACCACCGCUUUUCGAAUCCCACCCCGGCCUCUUUCCGUAACAAGGAUAUCCAGAUCUACUGUGCACAAUGUAAGCGACCGUGGGCUUUAAAUGAAUGCUUUGCCUGUACAGAGUGCAUCUGUGGCGUUUGUCGCGAAUGUGUCGGCAUGUUCGUCGCCAGUCCGCCUACUUCCUUCCGCAGUCCAGGCAAUGGUCUCAUGAACAAUCUUCCAUCAGGACCGACAAGCUAUCCGAGUGUCCGAGGGUGUCCUCGGUGCCGGACAGUCGGGGGAAGGUGGAGAGCUUUCCAGCUAGAUUUCAAGUGA